UUUCGUAGAAGUUCGAGCCUCGCGCGCAAUUUGCUACUGUCAAAAUUGUUUACCGUGAGCCGUGAGGUUAAUUUGUAGAUUUUAAUUUCAUAUUUCAAUGAUUUACUGUAUUUUUAUACUCAGACCGAACUUGUAGCAUGUUUUUUGUGACAUUAUUCUGAUAUAAUUGAAGUUUUUGUGCAAACCAAACCAACGCGAUUUGUGUGUGGUUGUCAAAAAGUACGCGAAUAUUUUGUAAAAUAGGAUUUUUACAUAAUGUUAACGCACAAUGUAUGAAGAUGACAACAUAACUUGUACUCCAAAGCGCUGUGUGCUUACUGAGGUCACAAACUCAGCCAACUAUGUAUCGCCGACUGCUAACCUCAAGUUACUGACUAAUGUCGCGUUGCAAUAUCCCACACCGCCGCCCAGUGCUGUACAUCGAAAAGAAAAAUCCCUUCAGAUAUUAUGUGACAGAUUCCUCAAUCUGUAUCCACUCCAUGGUGAUGGUCCAGUGGAAAUACAACUGGAUAGCACUGCAGCCCGGCUAGGCGUAGAGAAACGUCGAAUGUAUGAUAUAAUAAACAUACUUGAAGCUAUGCAGUGUGCAGUUCAUAAGAGAAAGAACACAUAUCUUUGGCAUGGAGGAUCUCGACUAAAUUCAUUUCUUAAAAUGUUGAAAAAGCAGGGGGAGCACCUUAAGUUAUCAGAAGCUCUGCGUGGGAAAGCCCCCAAGCCUCCCACACCCAAACAUAAAACUUUGGGAGUUUUGGCUCAGAGAUUCCUGAUGCUGUUCUUAGUAGAACCUCCUAAUACUCUAAUAAACUUGGAGAUGGCUGUGAGAGUGUUGAUAGACACUUCCAAUAAGAGUAAGACAGUCCUCACUCCUGAGCAGCAGGACCGCCAACACAAGUCCAAAGUAAGGAGACUCUAUGACAUUGCCAAUGUAUUUAUCUCAAUUGGUCUCAUUGAAAAAGUAUCAGGUAAUUUAAUAUUAAAGAAGCCAGUUUUUAAGUAUGUGGGGCCAUACAAGAUUAAGAAGUGUGAUAAGACUUUAAUGACAACACCAUCCCCCAUCACACCACUGUCGCUGUUGGACAGUGAGCAGAGGGGCACCGCUUGCCAUGUGUUUGCUGGAAGAUCCAAACGGAAACUGGAGUUCACGACUCCAACUUCCACCAAAGAACUGAAGCUUGGUAUCACAACCCCACCUCACACGCCGUCACACAAGUGGGAUGAAAUCCUGCUCGUGGCUGACAUGGAACUGACUAGAAUUAACAAAGGAGUAGUCUUGUGAUUAAUUUAAAAUUUGAUUGUAUUGAUAAUAAUGCAGAUUUUUAUAUAGUUCUCUUUUUCUAUUUGUCUUCCAGGAUAGCAUGUCAUAGUGACUUAUUAUAUAGACAAAAUUAUAAUGUACUUUGUUCCUAUUUUUAAAUUUUAUUCAGUUGUUGCUAAGAGCAGAUUAUUUUUAUUUGUCGCAAUAAUAUUUAAUUGCCAAGGCUAAUAAAUACAUAAAGGGAGUACUGAAUAUAUUAUUAUAGUACAGAAAGUUUUUUCAUGAGUGAGAGAUUAGACUGGACUCCUUUUUAUUAUUAUUCUAUUUAUGAAUUUCUGAUCCUAGUGUCUAGGAUUUGUACAACUACAAAAUCUAUUUUUUGACAAAUUAUGAUAUCGGUUUUUAACUGUAGAAGGCCUAGUGGCUCUUUAACUGUAGACAUGGAUUUAUAUAGAAUAUGCUUUUAUUUUAUAUUUGUUUAUUCUUUAUUCCUAAUAAAUGAAAUGACCUUUUUUCUAA